CAAAGGCAGAAGUUUUAUUUGCGGGUUUUUUCGUUAAAGCAACUGUUAAAUAUUGAAUAUUAUGAAGUGUGUCCGAUAUUUGAUGCCAUUGAUACAAGCAUCUCGAAUAACGAUUUCGAAUUGUGAUUGUAAGCGCACAGCCUCCAGUACCACGCGCAUCUGUGCAACAGUAGCUGCCGUAGCUUUUACAUCGGCUCAAUUGUAAAUAGUUAAUGAAUGCACAGCGCACGCACCUGUAUUAUUAAUUGCAUGCACACGCAUACACAUUCUCGAACUAUACAUGACUUGUAGUUGCCUUAUUGAGUGCCAAAAUAUAAAUCUUUCUACUUACUAAACAUAUGUACCUGUUUUUGCAUCGUGUAAUCGUGUAAAGUGUUCAAAUAUAAAUACAUACGUACUUACAUACAGUGACAGUGAAAAUCGUGACACCUUUUGUAACGAUCAUCGUCUAUGUGAUUAAUCAACUGAGAAUCGAAAACCACAAACAAAAUGCAUAUUUUACACCGGACCAAUGAUCAUCAGUUCGAGGAUCAAAAAUUCAUGAUGGAACGUCUAAGUGGUCAUGGUAGUCUGGGUUUGUCCAGUAGUAGCCCAGCGUAUACAACCCAUUCAGGAGGCCAUUCAGGUAGAGGGGGGCCAGCAUCGGGACACAGUGGGCACAGUGGCACCCAUGGAUCGGCAGCUACUAUGCAUCAUCAGUCACUGCAGUCCGAUUUUCAGCCUCCAUAUUUUCCGCCACCAUUUCAUCACUCAGCUCAAAGCCCUCCUCAGCAACAGAUUUCUGACUAUUUGCAGAAUCAUGGAGCUCUUGAGUAUUUGGGCACGGAUCCAUACGGACAACCCUUGUCCUCGUUGCAUCAUGCUCCACUUCACCACUACAAUCAGUUGGCCGGCCUUAGAUCGACACAAGAUCAACUGGGUAUUCAUAGGACUCACAGAGAUGCUGAACUACAAGGACAUGUUACCCAACUGUCGCAUGGGUUUCCAUAUACGGAGAGAAGAAGUGACUAUGGAAGCGCAAUAUCAGCAGGAGCAGCCCAUGGAACCAGACUUGGACAUGAGCAUGAAUCAUUAGCCUUGCAUCAAGCUCUUCAAAACGCCGUUGAUGACGUUCAAGCUCCUGCCCUGGAUGACAAUGUUGCUUUUAUGUCAGAUUUACCUCUUAUAAAAAGUAUGAAAAGUGGGAAAGAAUCUGGUAACCUAGGCAGUGGCUCUCCAAGCGAGGUAUUUUGUGCAGUCCCUGGACGGCUCAGUCUUCUUUCGAGUACUUCAAAAUAUAAGGUUACAAUCGCGGAAGUCCAACGCCGAUUGUCACCACCGGAAUGUUUGAAUGCCUCUUUAUUAGGUGGAGUACUAAGAAGGGCGAAGAGCAAGAACGGAGGUAGACUCUUGAGGGAAAAGCUUGAAAAAAUUGGACUCAAUCUACCAGCCGGACGACGGAAAGCUGCAAAUGUCACCUUGCUGACCUCCUUAGUCGAAGGAGAAGCAACACACUUGGCCAAAGACUUUCACUUUGUUUGCGAAACUGAGUUCCCAGCUAGGCAACUGGCAGAGUACAUUGUGCGCCAUCAAACCGAACCUCAGGAUUCAUACAGGCGUAAGGAACUCAUACUUCACUCCCAGCAGAUAACAAAAGAAUUGAUGCAAAUAUUAAGUCAAGAUCGAACCACACACUUUGGUACCAGGUCUCAGCAUUUAUUAGAACCAUCAAUGCAACGACACUUGACACAUUUCUCCUUGAUCACGCAUGGUUUUGGCUCUCCCGCAAUAAUUGCCGUGCUGCACGCUUUUCAGACCUUUUUGAAUGAAUCAUUGAACUAUUUGGAAAAAUUAUAUCCUUCCAAUGGGGGCGGCAUGGUAUCAUCCUCUCUGGACAAAAGCAAAAUUGACAACGAUAAAAAAUGAUAGACUAUCUAGCAACAAAAAAGCAAC